CCUCUCCGCGGCACAUGGGAUCUUCCUGGACCGGGGCACGAACCCGUGUCCCCUGCAUUGGCAGGGAGCCUCCCAGGAUGACUGUCUCGCCGGGCAACCUGAAUAUGGUGGAAAAGUCCCGGAACUUCUCGGCUGACGACUGCUUCCAGUCUCGGAGCACUGUCCUGCAGGGGCAGCCCUUUGGGGGUAUCCCCACUGUGCUGUUCCUCAACGUUAUCUUGUGGGUGGUCAUCGUCUUGGUUUACUCCUUCCUCCGGAAAGCCGCGUGGGACUACGGACGCCUGGCUCUGCUAAUACACAAUGACAGCCUGACCUCGCUGAUCUAUGGGGAGCAGAGUGAGAAGACGUCUCCCUCGGAUAUUUCCCUGGAGAUGGAACACAGGGACAAGGGCUUCUAUUCCUGGUUUUUCAACACCAUCACCAUGAAGAACGAAGAUCUGAUUAGCAAGUGUGGAGACGAUGCCCGUAUCUAUAUCAUGUUCCAGUAUCAUCUCAUCGUCCUUGUGCUUAUCCUCUGCAUCCCCUCCUUGGGCAUCAUUUUGCCCAUCAACUACACUGGAAAUGUUCUGGGCUGGAAUAGUCACUUUGGUCGGACCACCAUUGUCAAUGUCUCCACAGAGAGUAAGUUCCUGUGGCUGCACUGCUUCUUCGCUUUCUUAUACUUUGUCACCAACUUCCUCUUCAUGACUCAUCACUGCUUAGGGUUUGUGCCCAAGAAGAGCUACAAGGUCACAAGGACACUAAUGAUCACCUAUGUCCCCACGGACAUCCAAGACCCAGAAAUCAUCAUUAAGCAUUUUCAUGAGGCCUAUCCAGGGUGCGUAGCGACCAGAGUCCACUUCUGCUACGACGUCAGGACCCUGAUUGACUUGGACGAUCAGAGGCGCCAUGCAAUGCGGGGCCGACUCUAUUACACUGCCAAGGCCAAGAAGAAGGGGAAGGUGAUGAUCAAGAUCCACCCCUGCUCCCGGCUGUGCUUCUGCAAGUGCUGGGUUUGCUUUAAAGAGGUAGACGCAGAACAAUAUUAUAGUGAGCUGGAGGAGCAGCUGACUGAUGAGUUCAACGCUGAGCUCAACCGCGUUCGGCUGAAGCGUCUGGACCUGAUCUUUGUCACCUUCCAGGACUCCAGGAUGACAAAGCACAUCCUGGAGGAUUACAAGUUCAUCCAGUGCGGUGUGUCGGCCCAGCAGUCCUCGGUGACCACCAUCGUCAAAUCCGACCACUGGAGGGUUGUCCUUGCCCCACACCCCAAAGACAUUAUUUGGAAACACCUGUCUGUCCGCCGCUUCCAUUGGUGGGCCCGCUUCAUCGCAAUCAACACCUUCCUCUUCUUACUCUUCUUCUUCCUCACCACGCCUGCCAUCAUCAUCAACACCAUCGACAUGUACAACGUCACCCGCCCCAUCGAGAAGCUGAAGAGCCCCAUCGUGACCCAGUUCUUCCCCUCCCUGUUGCUCUGGGCCUUUACGGUGAUAAUGCCUCUGAUCGUCUACCUCUCCGCCUUCCUUGAAGCCCACUGGACCGGAUCGACUCAGAAUCUGAUCAUAGUGCACAAGUGCUACAUCUUUCUGGUGUUUAUGGUGGUCAUUCUGCCCUCUAUGGGACUGACCAGUUUGGAUGUCUUUUUCCGCUGGCUCUUUGACAUCUACUAUCUGGAACAGGCAUCCAUCAGGUUCCAGUGUGUGUUCCUGCCAGACAAUGGCGCCUUCUUUGUCAACUACGUGAUCACGUCAGCUUUGAUUGGCACAGGCAUGGAACUGUUGCGCCUGGGGUCACUCUUUCUGUACACCACCCGCCUCUUCUUCUCCAGGUCGGAGCCAGAGAGAGUCCACAUCAGAAUGAACCAGGCCAUGGACUUCCAGUAUGGGCGCGAGUACGCGUGGAUGUUGAACGUCUUCAGCGUGGUGAUGGCGUACAGCAUCACCUGCCCCAUCAUAGUUCCUUUUGGGCUACUCUACCUGUGCAUGAAGCACGUCACGGACCGCUAUAACAUGUACUACUCCUAUGCGCCCACCAAACUCAACGAGCAGAUCCACAUGGCCGCCAUCCACCAGGCCGUCUUCGCGCCGCUCCUGGGUCUGUUCUGGAUGCUCUUCUUCUCCAUCCUGCGAUUAGGGCCGCUACAUGCCGUCACCUUCUUUUCCCUCUCCACCCUUAUUGUUUCCAUGAUACUGGCCUGCGUUGGCACUUUUCUGGGGAAGCUUCGGAAAGCGUCUGACUAUGAGCCCGAGGAGGAGAUGGAGACCGUGUUUGACCUGGAGCCCAGCAGCACCUCCUCCACGCCAACUUCCCUUCUAUAUGUGGCCACCGUGCUGCAAGAGCCGGAGAUGAACCUGACCCCAGCCUCCUCCCCCGCCCGGCACACCUACGGCACCAUGAACGGACAGCCGGAAGAGGGAGAAGAGGAGAGUGGUGUGAGGGGCUUUGCAAGGGAGCUAGACUCGACCCAGUUCCAGGAAGGGCUGGAACUGGAGGGCCAGAGCCAGUACCACUGA